GGGAGAAAGGCGGGUACCGGAAGGUGAAGAGGAACUCGGGCGCGCUCACCAGCCCAGGUCUCAGGGCCCCGCCACCUGCUUUCCUGUGUCACCGCCGCAGGCGGGCCACCGAGCUCCAGGAGGAGGACCCUGAGGACUCGGAUGAAGAACGGGCUCCGAGGCAGCAAGUAAAACCUUGGGUGGCCUUCAGAAGGGAACAGGCUAAACACCAGAAGGUGAGUAUUUCCCAAAUCCUGUUGACAACAAAAUUUUCCUCAUGGAGAGAAAUGCAGAACUCAGGACAAAGGAGAUGGACAUGAAGUUGUACAGCCUACGAGAAAGAAAGGGCCAUGUGUACCAAGAGGUCAAUGAUCCCCAGGAUGAUGACUACCUUUAUUGUGAGAAGUGUCAGAACUUCUUCAUCAACAGCUGCACUGUGCAUGGACCCCCUACAUUUGUAAAGGACAGUGCAGUGGACAAGGGGCAUCCCCACCGCUCAGCCCUCACCCUGCCCCCUGGGUUGAGAAUCGGGCCAUCGGGCAUCCCUGAGGCUGGGCUUGGAGUGUGGAAUGAGGCAGCAGAUUUGCCAGUGGGUCUGCUCUUUGGCCCUUAUGAAGGACACAUCACAGAAGAUGGAGAGGCAGCCAAGAGCAGAUACUCCUGGCUGAUCGCCAAAGGCAGAAACUGCUACGAGUAUGUGGAUGGAAAGGACAGAUCCUGGGCCAACUGGAUGAGGUAUGUGAACUGUGCCCGGGAUGAUGAAGAGCAGAACCUGGUGGCCUUUCAAUACCAAAGACAGAUUUUCUACCGAACCUGCCGGGUCAUCAGGCCGGGCUGUGAGCUGCUGGUCUGGUUUGGGGAUGAGUAUGGCCAGGAGCUGGGCAGCAAGUGGGACAGCAAGUGGAAGGGACAGCUCACGCCUGGAAGAGCAGAACCAAAGCCAGAGGUGCACCCAUGUGCCUCCUGCUUUCUGGCCUUCUCCAGUCAGAAAUUCCUCAGUCAGCACGUGAAACUCAAUCAUCCCUCUCAGAUUCUCCUGGGAACAUCUGCAAGAAAACACCUCCAAGCAGAGGAACCCUGUCCAGAGGAUCAGAAUCUGCAGCAGCAACAUACUAGUACACACAGCUGGAAUGAUAAAGCUGAAGGUCAAGAGAUCAAAGGAAGGUCCAAACCUUUGCUUAAAAGGAUCAGUCAGAGGAGAAUCUCAACACUCUUUUCCCAACCUUCCAAAGAACCAGUGACAACCUCUAGUGAGCAUGAGAGAAUGAUGGAGGAAGAGCCUCACAGAGGCCAGAAACAGAGUCCAGAGGACACAGGCAAGGUAUUUGUGAAAGCAGGAAUGUCAAGAAUUGUAACGAUCAAGUAUGGAUGGGUUUGGCAAGGCUUCGGUGAUGGGUCACAUUUCAUCACACACCAGAGGACAUACUCUGGGGAGAAGCCCUAUGUUUGCAAGGAGUGUGGGCGAGGUUUUACACGAAAGUCAAAUCUCAUCAGACACCAGAGGGGACACUCUGGGGAGAAGCCCUAUGUUUGCACGGAGUGUGGGCGAGGCUUUACACAGAAGUCACAUCUCAUCACACACCAGAGGACACACUCUGGGGAGAAGCCCUAUGUUUGCAGGGAGUGUGGGCGAGGUUUUACACGAAAGUCAAAUCUCAUCAGACACCAGAGGACACACUCUGGGGAGAAGCCCUAUGUUUGCAGGGAGUGUUGGCGAGGCUUUACACAGAAGUCACAUCUCAUCACACACCAGAGGAAACACUCUGGGGAGAGGCCCUAUGUUUGCAGGGAGUGUGGGCGAGGCUUUACGGACAAGUCAAGUCUCAUCACACAUGGGAGGAUACACUCUGGGGAGAAGCCCUAUGUUUGCAGGGAGUGUGAGCGAGGCUUUACAUGCAAGUCAAAUCUCAUCACACACCAGAGGACACACUCAGGGGAGAAGCCCUAUGUUUGUAGGGAGUGCGGGCGAAGCUUUACACGGAAGUCAAGUCUCAUCACACACCAGAGGACACACUCUGGGGAGAAGCCCUAUGUUUGUAGGGAGUGCGGGCGAAGCUUUACACGGAAGUCAGGUCUCCUCAGACACCAGAGGACACACACUGGGGAGAAGCCCUAUGUUUGCAGGUAGAGUACUGAGUCAUUAGCA